AUGGAUCCUGCCCUUGGGGCAAAUCAGGUUGCUGACAAAGCGAUAGAUGAAAUUCACGACAAAGGCAUGAAAUUCGUCAUGAAUCUACCAAUAUCUACAACAUCCACUGAACAUGACUGGUUCUUAAAAUCGGCAAAAAGAAGCCUGCCUGAGAAUAAGAAUUAUUCUGGAUUCUACCACUGGGGGGCGAAAGGAGCGGCUGAUUACUUCACCAAACAUGAAAAAGAGUAUUACAUGCACGAGAAGGGAAACAAAAAGGCGGCUGUGUUGAAUUGGCAGAAUUCAGAUCUACGCUCUCAUAUGUUUACUCGUAACAUGCUUCAGGAAGUGCUUUCUUCAUGGAUUGAUCGUGGUGUGGACGGCUUUCAUCUGACUGGCAUCGAAUACUUGGCAAGGACUGUUGACGGCUCGGAACCGGAUUGGUCAGCAAUCUCGGAUGUAAUCGGCGAUAUACGAAAUCACGUAGAUUCGUAUACAAAUGAGAGCACAAAAGCCGCUGGCAAGAAGAUGUGA